AUGACUAAGGAUGGACCACCGCCGUACGGGUUCGUGCCACCGCCAUCGGCACCACCGAGCUAUGCGCAGGCUGUUGGAGGUGUUCCACCGUCCAGCCCGUUCACGCCGCAGCAACCGGUACUGACCGGUGCACAGAUCGUUACCACGGUCGUACCGAUCGGUCCGCAGUCGACACACAUGAUAUGUCCUAGCUGCCAUUCGGAAGUUAACACCAAGACGACAACAUCGCCGGGAAUGAUCGCUUAUGUGUCCGGUUUCCUGAUCGCACUGUUUGGAUGCUGGUUGGGAUGCUGCCUAAUACCGUGCUGCAUUGAUGAAUGUAUGGAUGUACAUCAUACGUGUCCUCACUGUAAAGCCUAUCUGGGACGGCAUAGACGAUAAA